AUGUCCAUCAGGGAAGGUUAUCUAAAAAAGUGGUCCGAUCGUAAAAAUUGGCACAGUGUGUACUGUAAGCUGUUAAAUAAUGGUUGGUUUCAGUGGUUUGAGAAUGCAUCUUCCACCUCACCCAAACAAAGUGUUGAGAUUAGACGUGUAGUAUCGUUUCUAGCGUCUGGAGAACCUUUUCAUCGUGUUUCAUGCAACCCAACCUCCCAAGCAGCUUCAGAUAUUCCUUUGGCUUUUGGUAUUCUCUACGGACCUCAUAUGGGGACUCAAAUGGCUUGGUUUGCUUGUCCGGAUCAGGCAACAUUAAGCUCAUGGACAAAUGCGUUAAUGUCAUUAUUUCAACAGACUUCAAUACCUCCAUCUGCUCCUCCGCCAUAUCAACCUUCACCGGCACCAGCUCAACCUCCAGGAUCAAUCGGUUUUGGAAUGCCUGAUCCAACUGCUUAUGGUGGAAAUCCUGGUGGUUAUGGGCCUCCUCCUCCCCCGAUUAGUCAACCUAAUUAUGGAUAUCCAACUAAUAAUUAUGUUCCACCAGCAGUGCCACCUGCACGACCAGCAGCACCAGGUGCUUAUAUGCCUGGGACAAGUUCAUAUAGUGGUUAUCAACCAGGUCCACAAGAUCCACAAGGUCAAUGUUUUGUUGCACAAAAUGGUCAACCAUAUCAAGUGGUCUAUGUAGAUGGUAAACCGAAAAAGAAAAAGUGUAAAGGAUUGAAAAAUGCAGCAGUUGGUCUUGCUUCAGGAGUAGCUGGUGGUUAUUUAGCAAGUCGUCUAUUUGGGGGUUUUGGCGGUGGAUUCAUGGGUCCAAGAUGGGGCAGUUGGAGUUCAUUAUCUAGUCUCAGUUGGUCUGAUUAA